UGGAAGGGUUUUUACACCAGAAAAACAUAAAAUUAAUUUAAAUUAGCAAUAUGGCUCGGAUAAAUAUAGAGGCGCGCAACCGCGCAAUGGGCAUGUUGCAGGCCGGUCAGUCAUUAAGACGUGCGCAAAGGUGUUGACGUACUUGCAGAUCAAACCGCCAGCAUGGUGUUCGGAAAGAAGAAAAACUCGAGAGGCCUAGCGGCAUUGGCGGGUGGUGCGGCCCGGAUGGCGCAGCACAUGAUUGUGUUGGAUAAGACGGAAGCAGCGCUGGAUCGUGAGAUGAAACGUGAGGAACAACGACGGGUUCCGAAAACAAAGAUUGGCAAAGCGAGGCGAAAGGGCGAGCACUUGUUGCACACAAAGUACGUCUUACUGCUUGUCGUCAUUCUCAACGUCAUCGACUGCCUCCUCGUUCUCGGGGAACUCAUGCUCGAUAUCAAAUACGUCACAGACAUUCUAACCAAGGAAUACAAACGUUCCGACGAUUUCAUUGCGUCAAUGAAGCUUUUAUAUCCGUAUCGCCUUAGUUACCUGGAAUCAGACGACAUUGAAGGAUUGGAACGAGAGAUUUCUAUUGGUCACAUCACGUGGAAUGCAUCAGCCGACUCCAUAUUGAAUUUCAAUCAUCGAAGAAAGAGGCGGGGAAGUUUGGAUUCUAAUGGCACGAGUAACAUUUCAAAUGAGGAUCACGGGAAUAAGACCUUUCAUAAAGGCCAAACGUCUCGUCAUCAUGGGCAUAGCAUAGAAGAGGAUAUAGCUCACGGACUGCAUAAAGCCAGCAUCACGAUAUUAGGAAUUCUCUGUGUUGAGGUAUUGUUUAAGAUUGUCUGCCUCGGGACUGAACUUCUUCAGCACAAAUUGGAGUGUUUCGACGCGUUCAUCGUCAUCGCCUCAUUCAUCGUAGACUUGGUCUUCCUUAAGGGGCUCCAACAGUUUAAAGUGCACGAGUUCGUUCUCAUCUUGGCAUUCCUGGUUCCCUGGAGACUUAUCCGAGUUGUCAACAGUUUGAUAGUGGCCAUCAUGGACCACGAACACUUUCGGUUGGUGAUACUUUACAAGCAGAAGAAAAAGACUCAGAAAGAACUACAGGAUGCCAAGGAUGAUAUCACGGGACUCGAGGCGUGCGUAGACGCUUUGGAGAAGUUGUGUGAAGAAUCCGGCAUUCCGAGCGCAUUGGUGCAAGCAAAAUUCAACAUGUACCGAAAAGUGAAGGUCAAAGGUAACAUCAUAGGCGCCAUGUCCAACUUUGCCAUUGGUGGUCAGCUGCUCUGUCAACCCUUCACCACCGGCCUCAAAACGGGAAAGCAAGACAAACAGAUGAAUGGGAGGAAUCACGACAUUCAGAUCACUGUUGAUGAUUUCAGUCAUCCAAAUAAAAGUGACCACUUCUCCCAGGAUAAGCCCGCGAUAACGGAGCUGACAGAUAGCGCGCUCACUGUCGGCAGCGUCUCGGUGGCUGACGGCACGUCGCCGGCUCAGAUCCGCCGGGCAAUAUACGAGGAUAGAGUUAAAAUGAGCCCGGGUCUUAAACCACGGAGUCACUCGGACACGGAGCGGGAGGGGAAUGUCGCGAGACUUACCGAGUCUAGCGCCGGAUUCCUAUCCACUAUCAACGCGGACACGGAAGACCUAAGACAAAUGGUUGCUCAUCAGAAAGACAAUACGGAAGUGACGUCAUCAGAGAGCAAAGAGAAAAAUCUUGCAGACGACUCCUCGGAAAUGUCGAACGACUCGGAUCUGACCGGUACUGACUCCUGUGAUAGCAUAAAUAAAGCUGACACGGACACAAUUUGCAAGCGGUAGCUAGAAGUUCGGAGUUAAAUCAAGAACUGUUGAAGGAAGACUUACUAGGGUGCAGGAUCAACGGGGUUUUCGAGGGUUUACAAACGGGCUGGACAGAAUGUAAACACACCGUAAAGAAAUGUGUGUUUGCAAAUAUCUCAAUUUAUGGAAAUAAAUUUGCAAAAAUCUACAGUGCAUUCUAGACAGUUUUUCUUGCAGUUUGUGCCGAUGUGAAUAGAUUUAAGACUAAGUUAUUUUAUACGUCUGAAAUCGGCGCCAAAACACGUUGCGUGUUGCAUGACAAUGCACAUGAAUGUUGUACGCGUCGAAUAUUGGGCCAAUAAAACAGGCAUAUUAAAUAAA